AUGACUUUGAGGAUUGAUAUUUCACUCUUGCCUGCUGAAACGAUCAGGAUCCCUAUUACUAUGAGCAUCAUUAUAGUAGCCGCACAGGAAUCGAAUACCAGUCUUCUUGCAAAGCAACUUGACGACUUCAGCAACAACCUAGCAGGACUUGAAGAAAUGAAAACUCUUCUACACGAUGUAGAUGUAGCCCAACAAUACAUACAACAAUAUAUACAUUAUGAAAACAAGGCUGAAUUGACGAACUAUACUAGCUCUAACUGCGGGCCAGAAAUAUGCAUGCCAUCCUGA